GGCCCUGGUGGGUGGCAUUCCCUCCGCUCCGGCAGCAGCUAAAAAUACCCCCCUGCUCCGGUGCCGGAUUAGGGCACUCGUCCGGGCGCUCGGCGGGGACACAGCCCGGCACCCACCCAAACGCCUCCCCGGCACCCACCCGAUCCCGUCCCCGGCACUCGAGGCAGCGGCACCAGGAGCCGCCGGCACAGAGUUGCGGGCUGGGCCGGGGUCCCGGCCCCUGCAGUCGGCGCGUUCCCUGCCUGGGACCCCCCAUUGCCUGAAGCAUUUCCCUGUUGACCUGCGGACCUCCAUGGACGGCAAAUACAAGGAGAUCGCGGAGGAGCUGUUCUGCCGCUCGCUGGCCGAGAGCGAGAUGCGGACGGCGCCCUACGAGUUCCCGGAGGAGAGCCCCAUCGAGCAGCUGGAGGAGCGGCGGCAGCGCCUCGAACGCCAGAUCAGCCAGGACGUCAAACUUGAGCCCGACAUUUUGCUCAGAGCCAAACAGGACUUCUUGAAAAUUGACAGUGCCGCGGACUUACAGCUCUUCAAGGAGCAGAGCGAGGACCUGGUGGACCAUGUCCCCAAGGAGCGGGAGGCACUGCUGGAGCGGGAGUUCCAGCGCGUCACCAUCUCCGGGGAGGAGAAGUGUGGGGUGCCCUUCACGGACCUUCUGGAUGCGGCCAAGAGCGUGGUGAAGGCGUUGUUCCUACGGGAGAAGUACAUGGGGUUGUCCCUGCAGAGCUUCUGCAAAACCACCGCCCGGUACCUGCAGGAGCUCUCCGAGAAACCUCUGGAGACCCGCGGCUACGAGGAGGUGCCCGAGACCCCUGUGGCCGCCGAUGCCCCCGUGCACCCCCCGUUUGCGGAGCAGCACCCCUACGAGAUGUGGGACCCCCAGACCAUGCCGGCUGAUCUGGGCUUUGGGCUGAAGAUGGUGGACGGCGUGGUGCAUGUCUACACCAAGCAGGACCUCACCGACAAGAGCACGGAGCUGGACCUGCCGUACCCCGACCUGCAGGAAUUCAUUGCCGACAUGAAUUUCCUCAUGGCUUUGAUCAUCAACGGGCCCAUCAAAUCCUUCUGCUACCGCCGGCUGCAGUACCUGAGCUCCAAGUUCCAGAUGCACGUGCUGCUCAACGAGAUGAAGGAGCUGGCGGCCCAGAAGAAGGUGCCUCACCGCGACUUCUACAAUAUCCGCAAGGUGGACACCCACAUCCACGCCUCAUCCUGCAUGAACCAGAAGCAUCUCCUGCGUUUCAUCAAGCGGGCCAUGAAGAAGCACCUGGAUGAAAUUGUCCACGUGGAGAAGGGCAAGGAGCAGACGCUCAAGGAGGUCUUCGAGACGAUGAACCUCACCGCCUACGACCUGAGCGUGGACACGCUGGAUGUCCACGCGGACCGCAACACCUUCCACCGCUUUGACAAGUUCAACGCCAAGUACAACCCCAUCGGCGAGUCCAUCCUGCGAGAAAUCUUCAUCAAGACGGACAACCGCGUCUCGGGGAAGUACUUUGCCCACAUCAUCAAGGAGGUGAUGUCCGACCUGGAGGAGAGCAAGUACCAAAACGCCGAGCUGCGGCUCUCCAUCUACGGCCGCUCCCGGGACGAGUGGGACAAGCUGGCCCGCUGGGCCGUCAACCACCGCGUCCACUCCAACAACGUCCGCUGGCUCGUGCAGGUGCCCCGGCUCUUUGAUGUCUACCGGACGAAGAAGCAGUUGGCCAACUUCCAGGAGAUGCUGGAGAACAUCUUCCUGCCCCUCUACGAGGCCACCGUCCACCCUGCCCAACACCCGGAGCUGCACCUCUUCCUGGAGCAUGUGGAUGGUUUUGACAGUGUGGAUGAUGAAUCCAAGCCAGAGCAUCACAUCUUCAACCUGGACAGCCCCUUGCCAGGCAACUGGGUGGAGGAGGACAACCCACCCUACUCCUACUACCUGUACUACAUGUAUGCCAACAUGACAGUGCUCAACCACCUCCGACGGAAGAGAGGCUUCCACACCUUCGUCCUGCGCCCGCACUGUGGUGAGGCUGGCCCCAUCCAUCACCUCGUCUCGGGCUUCAUGGUCUCGGAGAACAUCUCCCAUGGCUUGCUGCUCCGCAAGGCCCCCGUCCUGCAGUACCUCUACUACCUGGCGCAGAUCGGCAUCGCCAUGUCCCCGCUGAGCAACAACAGCCUCUUCCUCAGCUACCACCGCAACCCCCUGCCCGAGUACCUCUCACGGGGGCUCAUGGUCUCCCUCUCCACCGACGACCCCCUCCAGUUCCACUUCACCAAGGAGCCGCUGAUGGAGGAGUACAGCAUCGCCACCCAGGUCUGGAAGCUCAGCUCCUGCGACAUGUGCGAGCUGGCCCGCAACAGCGUCCUGAUGAGCGGCUUCUCCCACAAGGUGAAGAGCUACUGGCUGGGUCCCCACUACCUGAAAGAGGGUCCGGAGGGCAACGACAUCCGUCGUACCAACGUCCCCGACAUCCGCGUGAGCUACCGCUUCGAGACACUCUGCCAGGAGCUGACCCUCAUCACGCAGGCGGUGCAGACCGAGGAGCUGGAGACCAUCCAGGAGGAGGACGCUCUCACCAUCACCUCCACCCUGGGCACCCACUGACUCCCCACCCCGGGCUCUUGUCCCAUGGAUCCCGCGGGGAGCCCUCUUGUCACCCUGCAUCCCUCCAGGGCUUCGCCGCCGUCCCCCUCCUGCUACCUCCCGCCCUGGAAACGGGACGCUCCCCGCUGCUGUCCCCAGCGCCCUGCCGGUGCCGCCGUGGGGGGGUCAGGGUUUGCUGGGUUCUCUCUGUUUCUUGGGUUUUGGGGGGUCUUUUUUUCUCGUGGUUUUUUUUUUAACUGGUGUCUCCUUGCUGGGUUGGUCCCUGCCGGGCUUGGUGGCAGAGGGACGAGGCUACAGGAGGUGACAUGGGUGCGGGCACCGCUGGGGGGGGUCCUGGCUUCACCUCCCAGGCUCAGGACACAGUGACAGGUUGAGGGACAUCGGUGCUGGCUGUGGGGACAUUGUGGGGGACCCAGCCCAGCAGCAGGGCCCAGGUCCUGAUGCUUUUUAAUUGCCUGCCCCUCUCUCCGUCCACUUUCUCGCCCCACAGGGACAUGGGGACAAGCCGGCAGCACCGCAGGGACCCAAACCCGGGCUCUCUGCACCCCCAGGCUUCUCUCGCACCCUCGCACGGGGAUGCGACAUCGGUGGGGACCCGGUGGCCCAGGGGACACAGGGUGCUGGCUGGAGGGGACAGUGCCCAGUGGAGGAUGCUCCAUCCUCAUCACUGCAGAGAGAAAGGCAAAGGGGCCGGGGUGAUGCGUGUCCCCGUCCCCCACGCUCCCAGGAGCUGUUUGUGGCCCGGAUCGGGCUGGACGAGGCUUCUUUCUUCCCGGUGGGGCAUCAUCCCGUCCCUGCGUGUCCCCCCCCGCAGUCCUGCCUCCCCCCGCGGUCUGGAGCCGGCGGCUGACGCUCCCAGGAAAACAUGAUGGCGACUACAAAAAAAAAAAAAAAAAAAAAAAAAAGUAAAAAAAAACCCCAACCAACCAAGCAUGAAAAAUAAAGUAUUUAAGUAAAAAUACUUAAAUUUAAAUGUGAUGAGGGGGUAGGUAUCACAGCCCCAGAGGGAAACUGGGGGGAACA